AUGCCUCUGGUCUUCUUCUUGAUAGUGGUCUCUACGGUCUGUGUUGCAGGUCUGCCCAUCAUGCAGGUGAAAAUAGAUAUCUCCAGACAGCAGGUUGAGAAGAUCUUUGGUCUGGACGACUAUUGGUGCCAGUGUGUCGCCUGGAGCACUACGGGAACCCAGAAGAGCCAAAAGGCAUAUGUCAGGAUCGCCUACCUGAGGAAGAACUUUGAGGAGGAGCCAAUGGGGAAGGAAGUAGCUUUGAACCAGGAAGUGUUGUUACGCUGUCAUCCUCCAGAGGGCGUACCAGCAGCUGAGGUGGAGUGGCAGAGGAACGAGCAUGUGAUCGACCCGGUAAGCGAGCCCAACUUCUUGGUGACUGCAGACCGUAAUCUGAUCAUCAAACAGGCCAGGCUGGCGGACACGGCCAACUACACCUGCGUGGCCAAGAACAUUGUGGCUCGACGCAAGAGUUCCCCCGCCACCGUUCUGGUCUACGUGAACGGAGGUUGGUCUACCUGGACAACGUGGUCGGCGUGCAGCUCAGUUUGUGGGCGUGGCUGGCAGAGGAGGAGCCGCAGCUGCACCAAUCCCACGCCGCUGAACGGGGGCAUGGCAUGCGACGGACAGAAUGUCCAGAAAAGCGCCUGCACCGCGACCUGCCCAGUAGAUGGAGGUUGGAGUGAUUGGUCUAAUUGGUCUGAGUGCGGAGUGGACUGUUCCAUGUGGCGCAGUAGAGAGUGUACCCAGCCCUCGCCUGGCACCGGGGGCAAAGACUGCCAGGGCAUCGACCUCCAGUCACUCAACUGUACCAGCCAACAGUGUCUACAGACUGCCAAUGGAGUUGAGGAUGUGGCCCUGUAUGUGGGUAUUGUAGCCGUAGCUCUCUGUCUGACCCUCAUCCUCAUCGUGGUGGUCCUGGUCUACCGCCGUAAGAAGGAGGGUCUGGACGCUGACGUAGCGGACUCGUCCAUCCUGACCACGGGCUUCCAGCCUAUGGGCAUCAAGCCUAGCAAGCCAGGUGUGUGGGCACCUCGGCACCGGGCCCCCCGCCCCCCUGGCCCCCGCCCUGAGAACUCCCAUCUGCUUACCAUCCAGCCGGACCUAACCACCACGACCACCAGCUACCAAGGAACCCUGCACUCACGUCACGACGGCACCACACACACCGGCACCGCUAAGUUCUCAAUGACCAACGGUCCACUUCUGGACCCCCUACCCAACGGGUCGCACCACACCUUACACAACGGGAAGAUGACCUCUGACCCUGCGGAGUUUAUGACCCGGCUGUCCAAUCAGACGUACUUCAAGACGUUGCCGCGGGACGUGGCUAACACCUCGUAUGGGACAUUCAACUUCCUGGGGGGUAGACUCACCAUCCCCAACACAGGCAUCAGCCUGCUGAUCCCUCCAGAGGCCAUCCCCAGGGGAAAGAUCUAUGAGAUAUAUCUCACCGCUCAGAGGAAAGAAGAUUUAAGGUUACCCCUGGCGGGCUGCCAGACCCUGCUAAGUCCCAUAGUGAGCUGUGGUCCUCCGGGGGUGGUUCUGACGCGGCCCACAAUUCUCAGCAUGGACCAUUGUUCUGACGCCUGUCCUGAGAACUGGGCCAUCAGGCUGAAGAAACAGAACUACGAAGGCGUCUGGGAGGACGUCUUGAUGAUGGGGGAGGAGUUGAUCUCGGAGCCGUAUUACUGUCAGUUGGAGGCAGAGACGUGCAGAGUGUUCUCGGAGCAGUUGGGUCGUUUCUCUCUGGUGGGAGAAUCUCUAAACAUGUCCGCAGCUAAGCGUCUCCGCCUGGUGCUCUUCUCUGACGCAUACUGCUCUACCCUAGAGUAUAACAUCAGAGUCUACUGCAUGGAUGAUACACAAGAUGUCUUCAAGCUCUCUGAUUGGCUCAUUUCAGACAGAUCUCUCCCACUUUCCUCUCCUUCACUUCCCUCAUCCACCUCCCACCUCAUCUCCUCCCUACAGCCCUUCACAGACACCAGCACCCCUCUCCGAGAGCAGGGGAGUUGA